CUCACCAUCGCAACCUCAACAUGCCGCACCCGCUUCCCCAGAGACCUGCGGGCGGACGACCGACGCCGGGCGGCCACAACGCUUCGGGCGGAUAUCCGACGGGCGGCACGGGUGGCUACCCCAACGCGACAUACGCGCCGGGUUAUGCGUCGGGGGGAUACAAUGCGUCGGGCGGAUACCCGGGCUGGGGCGGACACUACAACCCCGCGUUCAACGCGAGCGGGGGAUACCCGGGGUACGGGUACGCGCCGGCGUACGCUGCGCAUCCGUAUGCGUCGUCUGGCCCCUCUGCCCCGCCACAGGCGUCGGCGCCUGCGCCUGCACGAGGCGGGCGGGGCGGGCGCGGACGCGGCGGCGGCGGACGCGGCGGGCAGAGCCACGGCGCGAAGAGCCAGCGCAGCGAAGAAGAGGAGCGGUGGGCGCAGACGGGAAACGCGGCGUAUAUACAGGGCACGGGGUUGAAGCUCGACACGCCCGAGGAGAUCGCGGCGUGGAUUGCGGAGCGCAAGCGCAAGUUCCCGACGGCUGCGCGUGUGGCCGAGGUCAAAGCGGAGGAGGCGGCGGCGAUCGCGCGCGGCGAGAAUCCGCGCAAGCGCAAGCUCGACCCGGCGCGAGCGGCGGAGGAGUGGGGGCGCGAAGAGGUUCUGUCCGUGCGAGAGGGGGGCGUGCGCGGGCGAGGGCGAGGGCGGGGACGGGGACGGGGACGGGGAGGACAUGCGGGACAGACGCGGCCGAAGGCGACGGUCGAGAGCUCGGACUCGGACGACAGUGAUACCUCGGAGUCGGAGUCGGAGUCGGACGACAGCGGCCUCUCCACGAGCGACGGGGAGGAGAAAGAUGAAGACGAAGCCGAGGUCAUGGACGAGGGGACUGAGGACAAGGACGAGGAGGAGGACGAGGACGCCGAGGACGAGGAUAAGGGCGAGGAGGAUGCGAAGCCGGCGGCGGCGGCUAAGCCUUUGUGCCGCUUCUUCGCGCGCGGCAAGUGUCGCUACGGCAGCCGGUGCAAUAUGGCGCACACGCGCGAUCCCAAGGCCGCGCCGGUCCAGCCUCCCGCCAAAGACGAGCCGGAGGGUCCACCCAAGCCCCGAGCUCCGCGCGUGCCCCGUGGCCCGCCGCCCAACCCGUUCGCUCGCCCAUCCAUGCUCGGUGCUAUUCUCGCUAGCCCCAUUGAGAACACGCUGUCGCAGUUGAGUCAGACCAUUAGGUUCCUCGUCGCCAACGAUAUGCUGCGUGGGGUCGAGGUGCGGGCGGGGCAGGCCGAGGAGGAGAAGCGGGAGCGGGAGAAGAUCGUCAUCAUGGAGGACGACAUCGAGAAGAAGGUGGAAGAGGUGGCUUAGGAAGGUGGAAAGGGUGGCCUACGACUGCAACUGCUCUCUGUAUAUCAUCAUGCACACCACGAACUCUCAGUGCGCCGGUGCUUACGGCGCCGUCACAGCUGAGCGCGCGGGAACACAGUCUGACAUCACAUAUACCUAAAUGUACACUACCGGCGCGCGGGGCUCACCGAGCGUUCACGCCGGCGACCUCCACCACGACGAGCUCCAGCCGGCGCCUUGGCGAAAGCAAAGUCGCUGUUGUCAGCUU